AUGAGUUACAACAAAUGCUCACACCCGAAAGCUCCUGUUUCUAGUAAGGGGGAUGAGAAACCUCAAGAAGGAGAACUCUUUAAAGUGAAAUUAAAAUCAACAAGACCAGCAGCUGAACCUAACAAAGAUGAACCGGCAGAGAGUACUCAAAGUGAAGAUAAUGCAAAUAAUAAUAGUGAAGGCAAAACAAGAACUCCACCUAUAAAAGAUCGUUCAAAAAUGUUUCAAAGUCAAAAUGGUUCUCCUGGAAAACCCCCUGUUCCCUGCAAAUCAACUGUGCUUAGUAAGAUAUCUGUCACUGGAGCAAAACCAACUGUUCCAAUUAAACCACCAGUGAAUGGUAAUCAAAACACAGGAGUAACACGUGCAAGACCACCAAGUGUAAUCAGUAAACCAGA